AUGGGUAUUGCUAAGACGAAAAAUGCUCAAAAGCAAAAAAAGAUCAAUCCGUUCGAGCUGAAAUUCAAUAAAUCGAAGCACGAUGUGAGUUUUCAGUUUUUCCAGCUGUUCCGAAUCGUUAAUUUUUCAGAUUCUCGGACGUAAAAAAGGAGCACAAGUAGGAGCUCCAACAUCUUCUAGGAAAAGAGCUCACGAGCAGAGAGAGAAGACGUUAGGUGUAGAAUACGAUAGAAAAAAUAAAAUCAGUAAAAUCGUGGACAAAAGAUUGGGAGAAAAAGAUGGAAAAACUGAGGAAGAGAAAGGAGCGAUGCGAUUCACGGAGGAAAGAGUAAAAAAUUACAAACGUGCUUCAAAGUUCAAUUUAACUGACGAUAUUGGCGAUAUUGAAGAAGAAGAUAGUGAGUUCAAACGUUAAGUAAUUUCAAUUGACCAAUCGUGCUUCCAGUCCUGACCCACAAAGGAAAAGCGCUGUCGGACAUUGAAAAGUACGAUAAAUCAAUGAUCUCUGACUCGGAUGACGACGAAGAUCCAGGAAAUUUGGGCUCUCAUAUGGUGAAAGUGGCUCAUUUCGGAGGUGGAGAGAAAACGACGGAGGAGCACGUGAAAGAAAAAAUGAGCAGAGAAGACAUGAUCUCGAAUCUGAUUGCGAAGACGAAGUUCGCGAGACACGAGAAGCAGCAAGCGAAGGACGAACUAGUAGGAAAUUGGGAACUUCUGAAAUGAGAGAGACAAUUACAGGAACUAAUGACCGACUCGUUGGAUGCGAAGUACCAGAAUCUCAUGGCAAAGAUGCAGAGUUCGUUUCGUCCAGUCGGCAGGCAAUUGGUCGAAAAGGAUGAUUACGACAAACUCGUGAGUAUAACCCCGUGGAUCUUGUUUAUCUUUAUCUGUUUUCAGGCAAUCACUCUGAAGACGGAAGCGGAUGCUCGAGCUACUCCCGCCGAUCGAAAGAUGACAGAAGAAGAGAUGGCCGCAAAGGAGAAGGAACGCCUCGAUUCUCUGGAAGCGGCCCGCAUUUCCAAAAACAAUGCGGUGCUCAACUCGAGAUCUCAUAUCUCCGCCGACGAUGAUGUUGACGUGAAUGCGGGAUCGAAAGCCGAUGCGAGAAAACUGAAGCAGAAGAAUGCUAGAUUCGAAGUGCGUUUCGACGAGGAAGGAGCGAUGGUGGAAGAAGGGAAAGUAGAGAAAUCGAGCAUUAGGAAGGUCGGACACGAUUCCGAUGAAGACGAUGAAGACCUGGAGGAUGAGUUUGAGGACGAAGAAGAAGACUUGGAUGACCUGAUGGAAGACGAGGAUGAGUUGGAAGACGAUGAGGACGAAGAAGAGGAGGAGGAGAAAGUGAAGACGAAGAAACCGAAAAAGGGCAAGAAAACCGAGGAGAUCCUUGAUGAAACGGUCCCAUUUGUGUUCGAAAUGCCAAAAAAUUACAAAAAGUUCUGUGCUCUUCACGAACAGUAUCCGAAAGAUAUGGAGAGUGUUCUGGAGAGACUGGUGAAGUGCCAUCAUCCCAGUCUGAAAGAGGGAAACAAGAAAAGAUUGAACAAACUAUUUCUGAUGUGUCUCCGUUGGUUUGACGAUAUGGCGAAGGAGAAGCUCACCGAGCAAACCGUUCAGGAAAUCGAUCUGGCUCAAAGAACAAUGCACUCACUCCUCAAGGUUUGUUUCACUUCUCGCAAUAAGUAUAAUCGAGAGUUUUCAGUUCGACAUCCAGUAUGGUGUUCGGUGCGUGCGCGCUUUGAUCCGUCAGUACUGGAAGGGACGUCAAGACAAGGAGAAGACGGCGCCCGCUUCGUUCGGACUCAUUUCUGCCGUCCGUCUCGUUUCCGGACUCUUCCCGGUCGCCGACAGCUGGCAUCCAGUCGUUGUCCCUGCCUUCUUCCUGGCCACUGAAGCGCUCUGCUCUGCUAAGAUUCCAAACCUCGUUUCUCUUGCCAAGCAGAUUGUUCUAGCUAACACUCUCGUCGAAUACGUUUCUGAAUCGAAAAGGUAACUGUUAUAUACUCUAGCUCUCACUCCACAAUUUCGUUGUGCAGAUACGUGCCAGAACUCGUUUCAUUCGCCAGAAGUGCACUUUUGCUCGCCGUUUCUGAAAAGCCGGAAAAGUUUUCCACAAACGGAUUCCCAGUGUCACAGCCAUUCUCAGAGAUGUUAUGCGUUAAUGAAAAGGUGAGACCAUGUAAUUUAUCAGAGCAUAACGAUGAUUUUGCAGGUUUCGGAUAAAUUGGAACCCAUUUCACUGCGCUCAAUCUUCGGCGGAGCUCCUCAACAAAACGAGGCCUCAGUGAAAGUGACCAUACUCAGAGCGCUCAUUUCUUUAAUCCAACAACUUCGUGUUAUGUACUCCAAUCAAAAGGAAACCUAUAAUAUCGUCUUUAAACCAUUCCUCCGCAUUCUGGGAAACGUCAAGAAGGACUACCUUCCUAAGGAAAUACGAGAGGAACUGGAGAUUCUGACCGCUUCAAUGACGGCAGAAUGCGAUACGAAGAAACGUCUGAUCCAUCUGUCGCUGGUGAAGACGGAGAAGAGUAUGCUAAAGAUGUUGGAGCCACGUUUCGAAUGGGACUUCGAUCCGGAAAGACCACACAAGGGCCCGAAAAACGAAAACAAGAAGAUGACGAAGAAUCUGAAGAACGAGAUGCGCGGAGCCAUCAAGGAGCUCCGCAAGGACACCGCUUUCCUGGCCCGCAAGCAGAUGACGAAUGUGAAGGCGAAAGAUCGGGCACGAGUUGCGGCCACGAAGCGAGUGAUGGGCGGUCUGAUGCAGCAGCAAGGAGAGUGGAACAAGGAGAAGAGGACGAACGAAGUGGAGAAGAAGACGGCGAAGAAGUGA